CACCACUAGGGCGGAUGAUUGAAACUCGCUUUCUGUCGAUGGUAGCUGCUCUCUUGCUCUUUGCUUGGGGUCCGUUGGGGGUGAUUUGCGUAGGAAUAACAAACAAUGCAACGGGCGUUACUCGUUGCUUUUCUGCAACUCUUAUCAGUGAGAUCAUUGAGUGCAACCAAAAAGGUGCUAAACUUGGAACUCUCCGUUUGCUUAUUGAUGAUAACAGAGAGCUCUUCUGUCCGGUUACAAUUCGGAUGCACUGCCCAGCAGCUUGUGAUAAAAGGCAUGGGUAGCAGAGCUCACAGCGCGUUUGUUGGUGUUGGUAAAAUACCUAGCAACCCGGCGAGGCAGACGGCAUAUGCAGCAUGCCUCCGGCAAAGACCCAUGUCUCAUACACAUCUGACCUGGGAAAAAAGUGAGGGCCAAGGCCAAAGCUACCCGUGAGCCUGGACCCAGCCUAGCUAGCGUAGCUCCUCUCCCGUUGUUUCGGGGCCUCGGGGGCCAUGCUAAUUUUGCACAUCCAGAUCUUCUCCGCCUCCUCACUUGUGACUUGCUCGAGAGCAGCCCUUUCCCUGACAAAACUUUUCCUAAUGUGGGCUCUCCGG